CUGUUUGGCUGGAAACCAAUUUGCUCGAGGGAAAGAGGGCGAAGCGGCGGCGGAGGAUGUCGGGCGAAGAAGAAGAUGACUUCGAUGAGGGAGUGGUGGUGGGGCAACUGUCUACGGUCAUGGUGCCAAAGCAUAUCAAGAAGAGGGCUCUCAGAAACAAAGCUCUCACCGUUGGUUUCAACGACAAAGAGCUCAGGGACUUUGUUACUGGGUUCCAUAAAAGAAAGAAGAAAAGGAGAAAAGAAGCUCAGAGGCAGUUGCAAGAAAAGGAUAGAUUGAAGCGGAUUGAGGCUCGUAAGAAGAGGAAACAAGAAAGAGAAAUGGCUUUAUAUGGAAGAGUUUUAUCUUCAGAGAAUCCACUGGCUGCUGUUUCAGAACCUGACAAUGCAGGUGAUUCUGAACAAGAUAAUCAGGACAUGAUGGCAUCUGUUUCAGAAACAAAGAUGUAUGAAGAUGAGGACACGACAAUUACAGUUACAACAAGUGCAAUCUCCCACGAAAAGGGUGAUUUUAAUCAAACAAAUACUAUACCUAUGGUCGGAAGCAAAGCUGAAAAGAGGCAAGGCCUAGAUGUGAAGAAGAAACCACUGAAACGAGUUGCAAAGCACCGAUCAAACAAGAAGGGUGGAAAGAAGCCUACCCCUCGGAAGCAUAAGAAGGGCAGAAACAAAUGAUGAUAGCUACCGUAGCUGAUAAGGACUGACAGUCGAUAGCAAGAUUUUGGAAUCAAGUUUCGUCUUCACCGUUUAUCUUUGCAUCAAAAAGAGAAAAAAAUGAUAAAUAUGGAUGAUAUCUACAAGAUUUAUCAUCAUCUGCUGUUUGCUUUACACAAUAGUGACAAAUAUAUAUAUUUUUUUCACAAAUCAUUGGCCGAGUGUAACAACCUUAGGGAUUCUCAUGAGAAUACUUUGUUACCAGAAAACUUCUGUUGUGCACUGUUCAGGGUUCUGAGUA